AUGAGGAGCCUGCCGAGCCUGGGCGGCCUCGCCCUGUUGUGCGCCGCCGCCGCCGCCGCCGCCGCCUCAGCCACCUCGGCGGGGAAUGUCACCGGCGGCGGCGGGGCCGCGGGGCAGGUGAACGCGUCGCCGGGCCACGGCUCCCACAGCCCAGGCCCCGAGGACCGGACCCCCGCGCGCCACCCUCCACCGACCCCAGGCUGCGUCUUCCUCAGCCCAGCCCCCGGAGACCACCCCUCCUCCGACCACCGCCGGGCCCGCUCCGACCACCGCCGCCGGGCCCGCUCCGACCACCUCUCAGGCAUCGCUCGUUCCCUCGCGGGUCACACCUCCUGCGGUGGAACGUACUCCGACUACCCCUCGGGUGACAGCCAGACCCGCGCCGACCACCCUCUCGACGACCACUGGCCCAGCGCCGACCACCCCUGUAGCGACCACGGUGCGGGCGCCCACCGCUCCCCCGAUCCCGACCUCGGCUCUCCCCGGCGGCGGCGGCGGCAGCAGCAGCAGCAGCGUCCCGCCCACCCCACCUGCCACCGAAGCCCCCUCUCCGCCUCCCCCAGCACCAACUUCAACAGACAGAAUGUUCUCCCCAUCAAAUGUAAACACAUCUCCAAUGACAUCAGCAUCUUCUCAGAACCACCAGAAUCCGAGCAUGAAAACCACCAGAGGAACUCAAACCACCAUCACAGCUGUAAGAACAACAACUCUCUCAUCAUCGACACAUGCACACAAAUCUACAGAAGGCACUUCCCAGAGGCCAUCUCCUUCAGGUACAACAACCACUUCAGUCCCACCCUGUGUGAGGCAUACACCUGCAGUAACAUCAAAAAUAUCAGGAACAAAAACCUCAGCAGACACCACUGCAGGAAACCCGAGGAACACAUCACCAACUCUACCGAGACAUAUCCAUCCAGUCUCCACAGUGUCAAUGACAACCGGACCAGAGAUGCAAUCAACCUUACCCCCUUUCACCACUUCUACCAGGAAAAUAUCAGCAUCUUCUCAGAACCACCAGAAUCCGAGCAUGAAAACCACCAGAGGAACUCAAACCACCACCAUCACAGCUGUGAGAACAUCAACUCUCUCAUCAUCGACACAUGCACACAAAUCUACAGAAGGCACUUCCCAGAGGCCAUCUCCUUCAGGUACAACAACCACUUCAGUCCCACCCUGUGUGAGGCAUACACCUGCAGUAACAUCAAAAAUAUCAGGAACAAAAACCUCAGCAGACACCACUGCAGGAAACCCGAGGAACACAUCACCAACUCUACCGAGACAUAUCCAUCCAGUCUCCACAGUGUCAAUGACAACUGGACCAGAGAUGCAAUCAACCUUACCCCCUUUCACCACUUCUACCAGGAAAAUAUCAGCAUCUUCUCAGAACCACCAGAAUCCGAGCAUGAAAACCACCAGAGGAACUCAAACCACCACCAUCACAGCUGUGAGAACAUCAACUCUCUCAUCAUCGACACAUGCACACAAAUCUACAGAAGGCACUUCCCAGAGGCCAUCUCCUUCAGGUACAACAACCACUUCAGUCCCACCCUGUGUGAGGCAUACACCUGCAGUAACAUCAAAAAUAUCAGGAACAAAAACCUCAGCAGACACCACUGCAGGAAACCCGAGGAACACAUCACCAACUCUACCGAGACAUAUCCAUCCAGUCUCCACAGUGUCAAUGACAACUGGACCAGAGAUGCAAUCAACCUUACCCCCUUUCACCACUUCUACCAGGAAAAUAUCAGCAUCUUCUCAGAACCACCAGAAUCCGAGCAUGAAAACCACCAGAGGAACUCAAACCACCACCAUCACAGCUGUGAGAACAUCAACUCUCUCAUCAUCGACACAUGCACACAAAUCUACAGAAGGCACUUCCCAGAGGCCAUCUCCUUCAGGUACAACAACCACUUCAGUCCCACCCUGUGUGAGGCAUACACCUGCAGUAACAUCAAAAAUAUCAGGAACAAAAACCUCAGCAGACACCACUGCAGGAAACCCGAGGAACACAUCACCAACUCUACCGAGACAUAUCCAUCCAGUCUCCACAGUGUCAAUGACAACCGGACCAGAGAUGCAAUCAACCUUACCCCCUUUCACCACUUCUACCAGGAAAAUAUCAGCAUCUUCUCAGAACCACCAGAAUCCGAGCAUGAAAACCACCAGAGGAACUCAAACCACCACCAUCACAGCUGUGAGAACAUCAACUCUCUCAUCAUCGACACAUGCACACAAAUCUACAGAAGGCACUUCCCAGAGGCCAUCUCCUUCAGGUACAACAACCACUUCAGUCCCACCCUGUGUGAGGCAUACACCUGCAGUAACAUCAAAAAUAUCAGGAAGAAAAAGGUCAACAGACAGCACUGCUCCACCAUGAAGGCUGAGACAUCAGGAAAAAUCGCAACCUCACAGAGGGCAGACAGCGGGGGAAGCACAGCAUCACUACCCUCAACAACCUCCCAGACCCUUACCACCUCCACUCCUGGGACUUCUACAGGCACCCACUCCACAGCUGCACCAGUCCCUGUUAACCCUGGGAAAGGUGUUCUCCUCUUCCCCUAUGGGCCAAGUGCUGGAGACCGGGAGUUUGUCAGGAGGACCGUGGACUUCACCUCACCACUCUUCAAGCCCCGGAUCGGCUUCCCCCUUGGCUCCUUUCUCUCGGAUUCCCUCUACUUCACAGAUAAUGGCCAAAUCAUUUUCCCGAAGUCAGACUACCAGAUUUUCUCCUACCCCAACCCUCCCCUUAAAGGCUUUUCAGGCUGGGACUCUGUGGCCAUGGUGGCUCCAUUCUGGGAUGAUGCUGAUUUCUCCAGCAGCCAGGGAACCAUGUUUUACCAGGAAUAUGAGACUCUCUAUGAUGACUACAACACACUAGUGCAGAAGGUGGAGUCUUCAAUUAAUAUGUUAACAAAGGCCGGAAACUACAAAGCCAGGUGGACGCUAAAGAUCACGUGGGUUCAUGUCCCUGCCUAUCCUGCCCGGGUGACCAUCGGGACCAACACCUACCAGGCCAUCCUUUCCACAGACGGGAGCAGGUCCUACGCCCUAUUUCUCUACCAAAGCGGUGGUAUGCGGUGGAAUGUGACCAGGCGACCGGGCAACCCUGUCCUGAUAGGCUUUUCCAGUGGAGAUGGGUAUUUCAAAAACAGCCAAUUGACAUUACAUCCAGUAUGGGAGAAGUAUCGUCCAGACCAAUUCCUGGAUUCCAACACAGGCCUCCGGGGGCUACAGAUCUACCAGCUGCACAGAGAAGUAAAGCCCAAUUACCGUCUCCGGUGUCUGCAGCGGUUGAAGAGAGAGCCUCAGUGGCCCAGCUGGGGCUGGAACCAGAUCUCCUGCCCUUGCUCCUGGAACCAGGGAGUAUUGGAUUUAAGAUUCCAGUCCAUCAGCAGAGGCAUCCCAGGCCUGAGAAUGUCUGGGCUUGUUGCAGGCAGCAGACAGCUGUGCAGCUCCUCCUCCUGGCGUGGGGGCGUGUGCUGCCGCUACGGACCCUGGGGAGAGCUGCUCCAAGGCUGGAGAGUGCAGAGUCCUUGGCAACUUGACCAAGAACUGGAGCUGCAAAACUGGUGUUGCCAUUUCAACAGCAAGCCCUCAUUCUGCGCGCUGUACCAGCUAAGGCGGCCCCCCAUCAGCUGCGCUGGGUACCAGCCCUCAAGUCUCGCCUGGAUAGUUGGGGACCCCCACAUCACCACCUUGGAUGGUGUCAAUUACACCUUCAGUGGGCUGGGAGACUUCCUGCUGAUCCGGACCCAGGACAGAAACUCCUCCUUCCUGCUGCAGGGCCGCACUGCCCAGACCUGCUCAGCAAAUGCCACCAAUUUCAUUGGCUUUGCUGCUGAAUACCGCUCCAGCAGCCUGCACCCUAUCACAGUUCAAUGGCUCCUUAAGCCCAAUAACACAAUCCAUGUUCAGCUCAAUAACCAGACCAUAGCAUUUGAGGCUAAUGGUGAAGAUGCAAAAGACCAGGAGAUCUUCAGCAGCUCUGGAGUCAUAAUGACCCACUACGGCUCCACGGUAUCAGCCAGUUUCGAUGGUGCUGUGGCCGUCUCUGUGCUCGCUAGCUCCAACAUCCUCCACAUCUCCUGCGGCCUUUCGAAGGGGUAUCAGAACCACACUGAGGGCCUCAUGGGCUUCUGGAACGGCAACCCAGAUGACGACUUCAGGAUGCCCAAUGGCUCCACAAUACCGAAAAGGAGCUCCGAGGAGAUGCUUUUUCACUAUGGAAUGACCUGGAAAAUCAAUGGAACAAGCCCUUUUGGCAAGAGGGACGACAAUUUGCCUUCCAGCUUCACUCCUGUCUUCCUUUCACAACUGCUGCGAAACACAUCCUUGAAGAAAAAUUUGACCUCUUGUCAUGGAGAUAAUCAAUGCAUCUUCGAUGUCCUGGCCACAGGAAGCGAAAACCUCGGAAAGGACACUAGGCAGAUAUUUAGACGCUACCAGCAGAUGAACACUACGCUGAAUCAGUACCCACCUUCUAUCAAGGGUCCUGAUGUGAUAAAAGCCUACAUGGGACAGACCACAGUGGUUAAUUACACCAGCAAUGCUAAGGACAUCACAUUCACCCUCAGAGAAAACUGCAUGGACUUCAAGCUCUUUGAGAAUGGGACAUUGCUAUGGACACCAAAGUUGCUGGAACCAUUUACUCUGGAGAUUCUAGCAAGCAGUGCCCAGGGAAACUUGUCAUCUGUACUCAAGCCAAGGACAGUGGUCUGUGAGUGCAAGGCAGAGAGCCAGUGUUUGUACAACCAGACCAGCUGGGUGAGCAACUCCUCCCUGGAGACAGCAGACUGCAAGUGCGAUGGCAAUACCUUCGGCCGCUACUGCAACUACUCCAAGGACCCCUGUGAUGAGCAGUGCUUCCCGAAUGUGAAGUGCAUUCCUGGAAAGGGCUGCGAGGCCUGCCCCCCGAACCUGACUGGGGAUGGACGACACUGUGCACCUCUGGAGAAACCCUUCCUCUGUCAGAACGAGUCCUGCCCUGAGAACUACUGCUACAACAACGGCCUGUGCUCCAUCUCCCACACUCUGGGCUGCCAGCCCGUCUGCACCUGCCCCGUGGCCUUCACCGAUGCCCGCUGCUUCCUGGCUGGGAACAAUUUCACUCCAACCAUCCGUCAAGAGCUUCCUUUAAGGAUCAUCCAGUUCUCGCUCAUUGAAGACGAAAAUGCCUCCCAAGCAGAUGUCAACGCCUCGGUGGCCUAUAGACUGAAGAACCUGGAAGUGUGGGCCUUUCUCUGGAACAGACAAGUGGAUCAAGCUAAACCCUCAACAGCACCAGCCUCAGGAAGCUCCCUUCACCACUGGAACAUCAUCUCUGAGUUCCAGUACCACCCUAAGGGCCCUGUCAUUGACUUCCUGAACAACCGGCUGCUGGAUGCGGUGGUGAAGGCGUUCUUACCCCCGGCUCCCCAGAUGAGGGGGAAUAGAAGUGGCGGGCCCAGGAACAACGUGGCCUUCCACUCCAUCUCCAGGAAGGACAUGUACAGUGUGAUGGCUCUGAAUGUGAGCAUGCUGGCAACUUACUUCCAAUGCAAGGGCUACAAGGACUACCACCUGGUCUACAGCCCCCAGGAUGGCUUCACCUGCGUGUCCCCCUGCAGUCAGGGCUACUGUAAGCACGGAGGCCAGUGCCAGCACCUGCCGGAUGGGCCCCGCUGCAGCUGUGUGCCCUCCUCCAUCUACACGCCCUGGGGCAAGCGCUGUGAACAACUGAGCAUAAAAUUCCGAGCCUUCUUCGGGAUUCUCUUUGGGACCUUGGGUGCCGUCUUGCUGCUGGGGGUCGCGGUGUUUGUGGUCCUGCGCUUCUGGGGCUGCUCCUGGGCCCGUUUCUCCUACCCGCUGGACUCCGAGAGCUGAGGCCUCGCGUCGAACACGAACACGGGCAGCUGUGGCCAAGGAUACCUCCGGACCCACCCCAGUUUCACCUGCACACACUUUCAGGCAUCAUGCUUUUGGGAUACUGGAAAAAGGAAGAUGACUGGUGACAAUUCAUUAUUCUUCAAGAAGAAUGAUUAAUGGGAAUGAAUAAUAAAGUCAAGACCACACCUUGUUAGUACAGAAGACACAGAGGCUGACAAGAAGAGGUCAUAAAGAUCUACUAUAUAAAUAGAUGGGUUCUCACCAGACCUAGCCACAGAGAGACCUACAGAAACACAGAAGUCACAUAUCAGAGUUGAUGAGGUGAUGGCUCUAAAUUAAAAACCAAAAUAUAUUUGCAUACAAAACUCUCCAGUUCACUUCUAAUUAAAGCCUAUUUAAAUAAAAUCCCUCUGGCUUUUUGUGUCUCCAAAGUCACGGAUUUCAUUCAUGAUUUUCCUCUGGUGGCUGAAGGCCUUGACACAGAGGGUGGAGGGAGCAGAGGUCAGUUGGACUCAGUCCUCCUUCAGCCCUCAGUUACUCCAUGUUGGGAAGUUGGGUUGCUCCAGCCCAGACUUGGAUCUUUUCUUCAGCCUCCACAUCACUUUC